GCGAGUGAACAAGUUGGGAUCAGCUGGUGAACAACUGAAGGAGGCACAAUCAAUUAACAAGUCGUUAAGCGCUAUGGGAGAUGUCAUCUCCACGCUCGCCACCAAAGAACUGCAUAUUCCAUAUUGAAACCACAAGCUGACAAUGAUGAUGAGUGACACUCUCGGCGGGAACGCCAAGACCCUGAUGUUUGUCAACAUUUCGCUCGCGGAGAUUAACUUAGAGGAGACAAAUAGCUCGCUAGGUUAUGCGACGCGUGUCGAGUCGAUAACGAAGGAAGCAAGCCGAAACAUCCAGUCGAAGGAGGUCUUGAAGCUAAAGAAGGCGAUCACUUAUUGGAAAAAGCAAGCUGGGAAGAAGUUUGAAGGAGAUGACGAUCUCGAAGAAAUCCAAGAUACUCGGCCCAGCAAAAACAAGGACGACGGAGUUUCGUGGCUCUUCAAACUGACAAUGUUGAUGAGUGACUCUCUCGGCGGGAAUGCCAAGACCCUUAUGUUUGUCAACAUUUCGCCGGCGGAGAGUAACCUAGAGGAGACCCAUAGCUUGCUAGGCUAUGAGACGCGUGUUGGGUCAAUAACGAACGAAGCAAGCCGGAGCAUCCAGUCGAAGGAGGUCUUAAAGCUAAAGAAAUCGAUGACUUGUUGGAAAGAGCAAGCUGGGAAGAAGGUUGAAGGAGAUGACGAUCUCGAACAAAUCCAAGAUACUCGGCCCAGCAAAGACAAGGACGACGGAGGAGUGAACAAGUCGGGAUCAACUGACGAACAACUGAAGAAGGCACAAUCAAUUAACAAGUCGUUAAGCACUCAGGGAGAUGUCAUCUCCCCGCUCGCCACCAAAGAACUUCAUAUUCCGUAUCGGAAGCACAAACUGAUAAUGUUGAUGAGUGACACUCUCGGCGGGAACGCCAAGACCCUGAUGUUUCUCAACAUUUCGCUGGCGCAAAUUAACUUAGAGAAGACUCAGGAGACCCAUAGCUCCCAAGGCUAUGUGGCCCGUGUUGGGUCAAUAACGAACGAAGCAAGCCGUAACAUCCAGUCAAAGGAGGUUUUGAAGCUGAAGAAGGCGAUCAAUUAUUGGAAAGAGCAAGCUGGGAAGAAGGUUGAAGGAGAUGACGAUCUCGAACAAAUCCAAGGUGAGUACAACGUGUGCAUGUUCAUAUACGGCCAAACAAGCUCGGGAAAAACGUCGUUCACAAUUUACGGCGGACAGGAUCGUCCGAGCGUCACUCCUUGUGCCAUCAAGGAGCUCUUCAGGUGCCUGAAGCGGGACAACAACAAGUUCAGCUUCAAAGAUAACAAGGGGAUGGUGGUUGUGGAGAAUGCAACGUUCAUAACUGUUCUGAAUGCUCACGAACUUGAGUCAAGGGUUGCAAGAGGAAUUGACAUACGUCAUGUCUCUAGAACGCAAAUAAACGCGGAGAGCUCUCGCUCGCAUCUUAUCUUGUCCGUCGUCAUCGAGAGCACAAAUCUGCAAACACAAGCUCUUGUGAAGGGAAAGCUGAGCUUUGUGGAUCUGGCGAGCUCAGAGCGAGUGAACAAGUCGGGAUCAGCUGGCGAACAACUGAAGGAGGCACAGUCAAUUAACAAUAACUUAGAGGAGACCCAUAGCUCGCUAGGCUAUGAGACGAGUGUCGCGUCGAUAAUGAACGAAGCAAGCCAAAACACCCAAUCGAAGGAGGUCUUGAAGCUGAAGAAGGCGAUCACUUAUUGGAAAGAGCAAGCUGGGAAGAAGUUUGAAGGAGACAACGAUCUCGAAGCAAUCCAAGAUACUCGGCGCAGCAAAGACAAGGACGACGGAGUUUCGAGACUCUUCAGCUCACUGCAUGUCAUUGCGUGUGAGUACAACGUCUUCAUGUUCGUAUACGGCCAAACGAGCUCGGGAAAGAUGUUCACAAUUUACGGCGGACAGGAUCGUCCGGGCCUCACUCCUAGUGCCAUCAAGGAGCUCUUCAGGUGCCUGAAGCGGGACAACAAGAAGUUCCGCCUCGCACUCAAGGUUUACAUGCUUGAGCUGUAUCAAGAUACGUUAAAAGACCUGUUGCUCCCAAAAAAUGCGAACCGCCAAAAGCAAGAUAUCAAGAAAGAUUCCAAGGGGAUGGUGGUUGUGGAGAAUGCAACGUUCAUAACUGAUCUGAAUGCUCAGGAGCUUGAGUCAAGGGUUGCAAGAGGAAUUGACAAACGCCAUGUCUCUGGAAUGCAAAUAAACGCGGAGAGCUCCCGGUCGCAUCUUAUCUUGUCCGUCGUCAUCGGGAGAACAAAUCUGCAAACACAAGCUCUUAUGAAGGGAAAGUUGAGCUUUGUGGAUAUAUCGGGCUUAGAGCGAGUGAACAAGUCGGGAUCAGCUGGCAAACCACUGAAGGAGGCACAAUCAAUUAACAAGUCCUUAAGCGCUCUGGGAGAUGUCAUCUCCGCGCUCGCCACCAAAGAACUACAUAUUCUGUAUCGAAACCACAAGCUGACAAUGCUGAUGAGUGACACUCUCGGCGGGAGCGCCAAGACCCUGAUGUUUGUCAACAUUUCGCUGGCGGAGAUUAACUUAGAAGAGACCCAUAGCUCGCUAGGCUAUGCGACGCGUGAGUACAACGUCUCCAUCUUCAUAUACGGCCAAACGAGCUCGGGAAAGACGUUCACAAUUUACGACGGACAGGAUCGACCGGGCCUCACUCCUAGUGCUAUCAAGGAGCUCUUCAGGUGCCUGAAGCGGCACAACAACAAGUUCAGCUUCGCAGUCAAGGUUUACAUGCUUGAGUUGUAUCAAGAUACGUUAAAAGACUUGUUGCUCCCGAAAAAUAACAAGCGCCAAAAGCUGGAUAUCAAGAAAGAUUCCAAGGGGAUGAUGGUUGUAGAGAAUACAACGUUCAUAACUGUUUUGAAUGCUCAGGAGCUUGAGUCAAGGGUUGCAAGAGGAAUUGACAUACGUCAUGUCUCUAAAACGCAAAUAAACGCGGAGAGCUCUCGCUCGCAUCUUAUCUUGUCCGUCGUCAUCGAGAGCACAAAUCUGCAAACACAAGCUCUUGUGAAGGGAAAGCUGAGUUUUGUGGAUCUGGCGAGCUCAGAGCGAGUGAACAAGUCGGGAUCAGUUGGCGAACAAUUGAAGGAGGCACAGUCAUUUAACAAGUCCCAAACGAGCUCGAGAAAGACGUUCACAAUUUACGGAGGACAGGAUCGUCCGGGCCUCACUCCUGGUGCCAUCAAGGAGCUCUUCACGUGCCUGAAGAGGGAUAACAACGAUUUCAGUUUCGCACUCAAGGUUUACAUGCUUGAGUUGUAUCAAGAUACGUUAAAAGACCUAUUGCUCCCGAAAAAUGCCAAGCGCCAAAAGUUGGAUAUCAAGAAAGAUUCCAAGGGGAUGAUGGUUGUGGAGUCUCAGAAUGCAACGUUCAUAACUGUUCUGAAUGCUCAGAAGCUUGAGUCAAGGCCUAUUCCGUAUCGAAACCCAAAGUUGACAAUGCUGAUGAGUGACACUCUCGGCGGGAACGCCAAGACCCUGAUGUUUGUUAACAUUUCGCUGGCCGAGAUUAACUUAGAGGAGACCCAUAGCUCACUAGGCUAUGGAACGCGUGUCGAGUCGAUAACGAACAAAGCAAGCCUAAACAUUCAGUCGAAGGAGGUCUUGAAGCUGAAGAAGGCGAUCACUUAUUGGAAAGAGCAAGUUGGGGAAAAGCAUGAAGGAGAUGACGAUCUAGAAGAAAUCCAAGAUACUCGGCGCAGCAAAGACGAGGACGACGGAGUUUCCACAAAUCUCCAAACACAAGCUCUUGUGAAAGGAAACCUGAGCUUUGUGAAUGUGGCGGGCUCAGAGCGACUGAACAAGUCGGGAUCAGCUGGCAAACAACUGAAGGAGGCACAGUCAAUUAACAAGUUGUUAAGCGCUCUGGGAGAUGUCAUCUCCUCGCUCGCCACCAAAGAACUGCAUAUUCCGUAUCGAAACCACAAGCUGACAAUGCUGAUGAGUGACACUCUCUGCGGGAAGGCCAAGACCCUGAUGUUUGUCGACAUUUCGCUGGCGGAGAUUAACUUAGAGGAGACCCAUAGCUCGCUAGGCUAUGCGACGCGUGUCGAGUUGAUAACGAACGAAGCAAGCCGAAACAUCCAGUCGAAGGAGGUCUUGAAGUUGAAGAAGGCGAUCACUUACUAGAAAGAGCAAGCUGCGAAGAAGUUUGAAGGAGAUGACGAUCUCGAACAAAUCCAAGAUACUCGG